GCGCCAGCGGCGAAUGUAUGAAGUUCUGCGUAUGGCCGUGUCUACAUCUUUGAAAAUGCGGCGCUGUCAGGGCCGUUCCACUUGAGAUCUGAUUGGCAGCAGCGGCACAGCGGGUGAAACUUUUCAGGAUAAUUGAACCAGAUUAAGCACUAUGGUUCUGCGGAAGAUGAACCUGAUCGUGGCUGUGGCAUCCAACGGGGGUAUUGGAAAAAAUAAUGAUUUGCCAUGGAAACUGACAAAGGAAUUUAGGUAUUUCGUCAAUACGACGCGCCGUUUGGAGGACGCCAGCAAGAAGAAUGCCGUUGUCUUGGGCCGCAAAACCUGGGAGUCCAUACCACCCACAAUGAGACCAAUGAAAGGCAAAAUCAACGUGAUUGUUACUUCUCAGAAAGACUUUGUUGCAGAGGGCAAGGAUGUUUACGUGGUACACAGUCUGCAAGAAGCACAGGAGCUUUUGUCGACUCCUCCCCUGGCAGACACGGUGGAGACCAUCUGGCAAGUCGGCGGCGCGUCUCUUUAUCAGGAAGCCAUUGAGAAGAAACUUGUGGACAAGCUGUAUCUCACAAAAAUCAGAAAAGAGUAUGACGCAGACGUCUUCUUUCCGAAGUACAACGAAGAAGAUUUCGUGGAAAUCAGUGACCCCCACGUUCCGGAGGGUGUGCUGGAGGAGGACGGCGUGGAGUGGACCCACCAUGUGCUUCAGAUGAAGUAGUCGCCUGACGCGGAUCGACGCUGGCAGUCCGCGGCUGAGAAAUGAACAAGUUAUUGGUGCACGGUUUUGUACUUGACAGCUUUUUCCACAUAUCCGUAGAGCUCGUUGAAGUGGUUUGUGUCCAGUGCAUUCUGGUGCUUGGUCGUUUUUUCACAUAUCCGUAGAGCUCGUCAAGGUGUUUUGUGUCCGAUGCAUUCCGGUACUUGGUCAUGUUAUUUCAGGUAAGCGUAGGUGCUGAAGGAACCGGCUCUGAGUUCCGCACUGAAGCUGAAUGAAUAAAGUAAGGAUAUUUCUAGAA